AUGGCAACUUGGGCAUACCCCCCACUAGCCCCCGAUCAGGUGAAUCGGGAGGCCGAUAGUGCGCUGGCCCGUGAAAUCGAGUGGCUCCUACAAUCACUUCAGGAAUCCCUUGUUUCCCUCAAAGAUGGACUCCAAGAGUGUGCAGCUCUAAUCGCACCACAAGAACCCGGUUCUACUUUGGUUCUCUCGUCUCUGCGGUCAGAAAGUGUCAAGGGUUUCGUGACUCGCCUCGGUACGCAGGUGGUCAAGGGGGAUAUUCAACUUCGUCUUCCUUCGCUACCUCCUCCACGUGGUAGUCCCAGCACCCGAUUGACCCUGUCGCAAUUGCCCGAAGCUCCAAGCUUUGUUCUGCAGCAGCUAGUGUCGGUGCGAAACCUGGUUAACCAGAGUUUAGAUAUCGUAGAUGUGAGCACAUAUACGGGCAAUCCUCUCGAUGCGACAUUUAUCUUCAGCCAGCUGCAUCUCUUGCAUGAGACCAUCAGCGAGGCACGACAGAUGCUGAAAGGGGAGGGGGACGUGCGAGGCAACUGGUGGGAUACCAGUGCUAGCGACAAUACGUUUGAUCCUCCACCGCCGCCCUACGUCUCAUUUCACCUGUCCAUUGCAGACACCGCGCUUGUUCUUCUCCUGCGCACAUUAGAGAGCACUACCAUUGCGCAAGCUCCGUCCGCUUUUGCCACAGAUAUCUCCUUGACAGGAUUCUCCUUGCGAGACCGGAUUUUUGGAAGUCACAAACGCGCGCAUGACGAGGCCGGUGAUGUAUUCAUGUGGCGUGGAGAAGAAGUUCGCGUCAAAGAAAAGAUCCGGGUGGAAAGUCAAGACCCUAGUUUGAUGGCAGUUAUGGCCAAAUUGACGGCCCUGGAGCAUGAAGUAAUGCGGUGGGUGGCCGCAUUGCGAGUGCUUAUGGGGAAUGAAGAUACGGAGAGCGAAGCAUAG